CUCUAGGCCCUGCAGAGCCUUUUCCUUUCUGCCUGACUCGGAAGUGAUGCCUUCGGCCUCAACCCGGAAGUAGUUCUUUGUCCCUUCCGCUCGUGCUGCAGGCGCUUGUUCCCGCAGCCAUGAAACCUAUUCUGUUGCAAGGCCAUGAGAGAUCAAUUACUCAGAUCAAAUAUAACCGGGAAGGUGAUUUGCUAUUUACAGUAGCAAAAGAUCCGAUUGUUAAUGUUUGGUAUUCUGUCAAUGGUGAGAGACUUGGCACGUACAGCGGUCACACUGGUGCAGUCUGGUGUGUGGACGCUGACUGGGACACAAGGCAUGUGUUGACUGGCUCAGCAGACAACACUUGUCGGCUCUGGGACUGUGAAACAGGAAAGCAACUUGCCUUAGUCAAGACCAACUCAGCUGUGAGAACGUGUGGCUUUGACUUCGGAGGGAACAUCAUCAUGUUCUCCACAGAUAAGCAGAUGGGCUACCAGUGUUUUGUGAGCUUCUUUGACCUUCGAGACUCCAGCCAGCUUGAGGACAACGAACCUUACAUGAAGAUCCCCUGCAGUGAGUCCAAGAUUACCAGUGCGGUUUGGGGUCCCCUUGGGGAGUUCAUCAUUGUCGGGCAUGAGAAUGGGGAGUUGAACCAGUUCAGUGCAAAGUCAGGGGAGGUCCUCGUGAAUAUCAAAGAGCACACAAAGCAGAUCAACGACAUCCAGACUUCCAGAGACAUGACAAUGUUCGUCACUGCCUCCAAGGAUAACACCGCCAAGCUCUUCGAUUCCACAAAUCUUGACCACCUAAAGACUUUCCGAACAGAGCGGCCGGUGAACUCCGCAGCGCUUUCCCCCAUCUUUGAUCACGUGGUGUUGGGCGGUGGUCAGGAAGCCAUGGAUGUGACGACCACCUCCACCAGGAUUGGAAAGUUUGAGGCCAGAUUUUUCCACCUGGGCGUCGAGGAAGAGUUUGGAAGAGUCAAGGGCCAUUUUGGGCCUAUUAACAGUGUUGCUUUCCACCCGGAUGGAAAGAGUUACAGCAGCGGCGGAGAGGAUGGCUAUGUCCGCAUCCACUACUUUGACCCCCAGUACUUUGAAUUUGAGUUCGAAGCUUGAGCUGGCUGCUUCCUCGCCCCCCAGAAGCCCCUUUGGCCUUUGCAGUCCGGCAGGGCUGAGGCCCCGCUUGUUCCUGAGCAUGCUUGGGGCAAGAUUCAAACUGAAGCCGAGGGUGACAGGCUGCAGCUGCUGGUUCUCUGCGGGGAGCCCAGCCACUUUCAACCUCUCAGAACAGCUCCGGUCACCGUAUUUAUGAAUGUGAAACACGGGGAUAAUAAAUUCUGCCUUUACAAACGUGAAAAGAA